AUGAAGGUGAUGGCACCUCUCACUGACGAUGCCGACUACAAUACCGGCGAAACGUAUGGGCAUGUUCCAAGUCAAUGGUGUGAUGCUGGAAAUCACGAAUACUAUGGCAGAGGACACAAGACUAGGUACGUUUCACCAGGUCUGCCUGACGCUCCAACCAAGUUGCGAAAACAAGAUCGAACCAACUCUAUAAUUCUUUAUGCUGUUUUGGAGUCACCCAAAGGCAACAGCAUUUUGACUACACAUAACUACUCAUAA